AUGGCCGGCCCAACUCUCCUCGACCUCCCCGAUGAGCUCCUCCUCCAGAUAUGCGAGCACCUGUCACGGUCACCAAAGAGCCUCGCCGCUCUCUCCAGGACAUCGCGAGAUCUCUACCGAGUGGCCGAUCCAGUGCUAUACUCACCGUCCAGGCGUGACCACGAUCGCCGGCUCCAAUACAUCCUUGAUUGGGCAGGUCGCAAGGGACAGGAAAAUACCAUGGCCUACGCUCUGCACUGGCUCUACCGCGCUAUGCCACACAACCCAAGCCUGGGCUCUGACGCACUGGUAUCAGCUUCUGCCGCCGGUUUCACGAACAUCGUGCAGAAGCUGCUGGCAGAUGGGGUGCCUCCAGGUGGCUGCGAGCAAGGCCUGACCAGGCACUCCAGUCACAGGUGGCCGAAAGCCCGGACACCCCUGCUGGCAGCUAUGCUUGGGGGUCAGUUUGAAACCGUCGUUAUCCUCUUAAACGCGGGAGCAAGGUUCAGCGGUUGCGACUUCGUUACAACGUUUCGCCUUGUCUGCACGGCACACGGCCAGCUCAUCUGGCCGCGGCUUCUCCAGAGCGGGCUGAAGGUCAACAUCACCAAUAAUCUGGGCAGCACCCUCCUGCACUUUGCUUGCCGUGCCGGCUCCAUAGCCAUUGUGCAAUUGCUGAUAGGCAGUGGUCAUGACCCCAACCGUCCCGACGGUCACCACGAGGCCCCCAUAAGCCUUGCAAUCCGGUCGAGCAGGCCCGGCAGCUGCGGCUGCGUUGAUAUAAUCCGAUACUUGCUCGACCACGGAGCGCACGCUGACCGGGUCUGCACUUUCCAGGGCUGGUAUCCUCUGCACGUUGCAUCCAGCAUUGGCCAUCCUGAAGCCGUCCAGCUUCUCCUCCAGUACAAGGCCGACGUGGAUGCCCUGCGGGGAGACGGUCUUACGGCGCUAGGCGCCCUAGGAGCCAGUGGCUCAUUUCGACAGGCACGCUCUGCAAAGCACGACAAGCGGGAGUACGAGGUUGUCAAGCUCCUCCUAGAAGCAGGCGCAUCGGUACGGACGAACGAGGCUCAGACGAUGGCGUUGUUACGCAGCGUUGCUGCCAGCGGCAACGGUCCGUACUGCGAGAUGCUGCUGCACGCCUGGGAGGAGCAAGCACCGCGGGUUCUCCCUCUGGAGCUCGUGGCCCUUGCCAUAGCCGCAACCGGAGAUGCCCAGGAGCUGCACCACGCCCUGAUGCAGCGCGGUAUACCCUGUUAUAUACCUGGGGCCAUACGCAGACGGCUCACCGGCCCACUGCACCUCGUCACCCCGCUGAUGGCCGCAGUAAAGACACGCAACGAAGACGCAAUCGACGUGGCAAUCUACCACGAGCGGCUCUUCGUCGCACUCGGCCCAAACGGCCGCACGGUCCUGCACCAAGCCCUCGCCGACCCAACCCUGCCCGAGGAAACCAUCCGCCUCCUCCUCGACAGAACAACCAACAUCACACGCCCAGACGCCAUGGGCGACACCCCGCUCGUCACAGCGACAAAGCACCAGCCAGCCCCCGUAGUCUCAAUGGUCCUAAACCGCCUCCACGCAGACACCAUCAAAGCCCGACCCCUCCGCCGCCCCGUAAGACGCGGAAUCGACCUCCCCAAUCUCCUCUACGACCGGCUCCUCUCAAGCGUCGCCAGCGCACUCGAGGUCGCAGCACGCGAGAACAAGGUAAUAUCCGCCCUCACCCUCCUGCACUACCUCACCAAGCACGGCCUCAAAUGCAACACCACCUGCCAACCUCUACACAUCGCCCUCACCCUGAACAACAACCUACUCGCCCUCCUAAUCAUCCGCAGCAGACAAGCCCUCACCAGCACAGACACCCGCGGCUUCACACCUCUCAUCAAAGCCGCCAACCUCGGGCAAGCAAGCAUAGUCAAGGCCCUGAUCGACGCAAAGGUCGACCUAAAAGCCAAGUCAGCGAAAGGCCACACGGCGCUCGACGUCGCCGCGGCAAAGGGGCACAAGGUCUGCGUUGAGUUCCUGCUCAAGGCGGACCCUGACUCGCGGCGCUGCAAGGCAAGCAAGAAGAUCCCCCUCCUCCGCGUCGCGGCUGCGCACGGGUGCGUGGGUCUUCUUGACGAGUGGCUGGCUGAGCUGAAGAAUGCGUGCAGCCCGGCUGGGUACGCGGAUGUCCUGGGUGAGCUUUUGGGCCUUGCGGCUGCGCAUGACGAGGUAGAGGCGUGCCAUUGGCUGCUGUACCAUGGGGCGGAUGUUGAUUAUGUUGAUGCGCGAGGGCGCACGGCGCUCUCGCAUGCUGCGUAUCGCAAUGCGGCGCGGUCGGCGGGGGUUCUUGUGGCUAGGGGGUGUGAUAUCCAUCUGUCGGAUCAUGCGGGUAAGAGUCCGUUGCAGCGGACGUCGAGUGAUGAGGUGGUGAGGAUUCUGUAUGAGGCGAUGAGGUGA